CGGCCAUGUCGCGUCGUGUCACCAUCGCAACAAAGUCAAGCCGCCCUACCCGCACAUCACCAGCCGCAGCCGCCGUCGCGACCCCCGUGCACUUCUCGUCGUCGCCGUCGCCAUAGCCCGGCGAUGCAGCCAUCCCAGGGCUUCCCUGCUUCCGCCUCGAACCAAGCACCCGACUCGCAGUCGUCGACUCUCAACGCUUCCAACCACCUCUUCCGCGACUCCUCGUCGGCCGACAACCGCAUUGUCCGCUCCAUCCCGCCAUGGGUCCAAACCGAAGACGACAGCGACGAUGAGUCGGUCGACCAGACACAGCGCCUCCUCCCUCCCGUAAACGCUGUCCCCGCAGCUCAUCACUAUCUCCCCGCUCCACCCACUCAGCACAAGGCCCCUGGCCGCAAGUGGGAUCACAUACGUUCUGCCGAGCCUCCCCUUUUGGACCAGCCCAUAGACACCAACCAGCAAAGAUGGCUUCCCUACAUGCUGUCAGGCCCUCAGCCGAGAGGCGUACCUGGCGCCAGACUUGUAUCCGACGCCUGGAUGGACGAGAACAUGCCUCAUCUCACCAGUACCUGGACUGCUGCCGAGCCCGAAAAGCCCUUGGAGAAGACAAAGGGCUUAUGGCUGUUCACUCCGGAGAGACGGUCGAGGACUUUCGUGCGCAUCAAGGUACUAUUGCAUUCUGCUCUGGCUUUUUGCUGUCUUCUAAUUUCUCGCAGNCGUAUCAUCCUUAAAAAUCCCUUUGUUCCCCUCGUCUUCCGUCUCAUCGUUCUUACCUUUACCGUGGCCGCUCUUGGAUUGGGUGCCCGAGUAUUCCACGAGGCCGACGCAGUCAAUCGCCAGGGCGAAGGUCCAUGUAGCAAGCGUGCUUCAACAUACAUGGCUAUCAUCUUGGAUAGCGCUGCCGUGCCAUACAUCGGCUAUAUCACAUGGGACGAAUAUCUGAGCAAACCUAUGCGCUUAUUCCUCCUUCCCAUCUCAACGCGGCGUACGCUCCUUUACUGCGAUCGCGUCGCAACUCAAGUCAACGCUAGCGGAAAGCUAUCCUACCACGAUCGCAUCGUCAACAAAGCAAACGAGACGUGGGCAUCCUGGGAGAACUCGCCCAACAAGUACAAGAAGAAGCUCACCGACUACGGCAACAUUGUCUUCAACCGCAUCUCCUACGAGGAAUGGGGGCUCAAGACGUUGCCUUCGUCUACUGCAGACCUUACGCCCACCGAAAUCGUCUUUCCCGGCCGCUUCCUGGAUCAGAAAAAAGUCCCGGACAUUUUGAGAAAACUUGCUACCGAGAGACAAGGCCUUCACAAGCAGAGGUUUUGGGGUAGUCUGAUCGGCUUGCCUUUCACCAUCCCCGUUGGAUUACUCCCCGUCAUCCCAAACAUUCCUGGAUUCUAUCUUGCUUUCCGCGCGUGGUCGCACUUCAAAGCUCUGAUCAACAGCAAAGAGCCCUUGAUCAAAAUGUCCCCAUCAAAGGCUUUGGACGAUCUUUACGCCGCAGGCUUAAUACAUCCCUCUCGAGAACAUUCGAGGCAGGCCACUUUGCCUUCGGAAACCGAAUCCCAACAAGUUGCCGAACUCGUCACCCAACAGACAAAUAACGAUGCCUUGGAUGUCAUGCUUCUCAAGCGGUGGAAUGGCAAACUACUUGCUGAACAGUUCAACCUUCCGGGCAUGGAGCUCGAGAUCGAAAGAGCGGUUGAGCAGGUCCAGAAGAACAUUGAAGCCGAGUCCGUGGCAGUGGACGAGAAGGGAGAUACCAACACAACCACUGUGGAAGAAACGCUUUCAAACGGGAAAAAGUAA